AUGAGACAGAAGAAAACACUCAAGGUGAGUAUCCACGAAAUUAAAAAGUAUUGUCCCUUCGUAAAAAACAUACAACUGUUUUACAAUGCCAAUGAGAGCAAAAGCAAAGACAAGCACAACAAGAACAAUGUGGUCCUAUCAGUCAUGUCCAAUCUAUGCCCAGUGGGAAAGGCUAUCAACGAAAAACGCUUAAUCAUAAUAGACAACAAAUCAAAAAUAAAUAUUUUUAAAAUUCUCAGAAAGUCAAACAUUAUAUCGAGACAUUUGGUGGAUUCCUUAGCCGCUCGAAGUAGGACAUUAGAAGUAAAAGGGCAGCAAGAGCAUAAUCAAAGAGGAGAGGCUCCUACAGUUGGAAGAACACCUCCUGAUGAGUAUAGCCUUACCGGUGAUGUUUGCAGAACGCAAAAUACCCAUAGUGGAGAAUGCCUGUGUAAGAGUUGGGGCAAGAAAACUUCCCUACAUAGCAACACUCUUAGUGUAGUUGAAAAUAAAUCUAAUGUCUCAUUAACAUGGUCUAAUGAAGCUUAUAACCUAUUCCAAAAAGAGUGCACAAACGACCUGAACAUACUUUUAAAUAAGCUCCAUUUAGACAAAAGAUAUAGAGUGUUUACCAUCCUAAACAAAUGCAGAGAAUCAUAUCCAAAUGUGUAUGUAGAAAAUGGCAAAUUAUUGCUUCCCUUUUUUUUUGCCUUUUUUCAAAAUUUUGGCUACAAACACUGUGUUGGAAAUAGUGCCUGCAGGAUUGGGGGAAAUUAUGAUGGCGUCGCGGAUGGGUUGAGAGACUCCACACGGAGGAAGGAAAAUACUAAUUCGUGGGAUGGGUGCAAUGUGCGCACAUCUCUUAUGAAGAGAACGAACGAGAAAACGGUGGUGUGGUGCUCCAAUGAUUAUCUAUGCUUGUCGAAUAACGAACAAGUGAUAGACGUUGGAAUCGAAACACUGAAAAAGAUUGGGAACAGCAGUGGAGGUACAAGGAACAUAUCAGGUAGUUUACUAAAUCAUAGUCAUUUGGAAUAUAUAUUGGCUAAAUGGUUUAAUAAAGAGAGUGCAUUAUUAUUUACGUCGGGGUAUAUAGCAAAUGUGGGUGCAUUAGAAACUUUGGGGAAAUUACUAAAUCUUGUAUUCGUAUCGGACGAAAUGAAUCAUGCAUCUAUAAUCAAUGGAAUCAGAGAAUCCAGAUGUGAAAAAAUUAUAUUCAAACAUAACGAUAUGGUAGAUCUAGAAAGGGUUCUAAAAAAAAUUAGAACAGAUAAAGAAUCUAAAAAUAGAAAAAUCAUGAUUGUGUUUGAAUCCAUUUAUAGUAUGUCAGGAAAUAUUUCUAACAUUCCAUGUAUUGUUCAGCUAGCCAAAAAAUAUAAUGCACUUACGUAUGUUGAUGAGGUUCAUGCCGUAGGAUUGUAUGGAAAAACGGGUUCUGGAUAUUUAGAAGAAUUAAAUCUAUGUGAUCACAUUGAUAUAAUUAAUGGAACUUUAUCAAAAGCCAUAGGUUCUUUGGGUGGGUUCAUUUGUGCGAACAAGUAUUUUAUUGAUGUCAUUAGAUCCUACUCGCCCCAUUUUAUUUUCACCACAUCUUUGACGCCUGUCAAUAUUAACACAUCUGCGGAGGCCAUUCACAUAAUUCAGACUGACAGAAAUCUGCGAAAUAAAUUUCGCAAAGUUGUCCAAAAGACAAAGGAAAGAUUGGAACAACAGGGGAUACACAUUUUGAAGAACAACUCUCAUAUCGUUGUCGCCUUGAUUAACUCUGCUGAGAAGUGUAAGCAAAUUUGUGACGAUCUCCUCACGGAAUAUAAUAUAUACUUGCAGCCGAUUAAUUAUCCCACCGUUCCGAGAGGAUCGGAAAGAAUCAGAAUCACGCCCUCGCCGUAUCACACAGAUGAGCACAUUGAGAAACUGGCAUAUAGCCUUUACAUGCUAUUCAAAAAGUACCAAGUAAAUAUGUUUGACGGGGAGAACAGUCAGGCGCAAAUGGAGCUAUAG